UUUUAAUGGAACCUUUUGGAAUAAGCUACAGACCGGGUGAAUUUCAAAACCCAAAAUGUGAGCGUUGCGAGCAGGAAAUAAAAACUGGGGAAAAGUUGGUUAUGGACCGGAAAACGAUUCACAAGGGUUGCUUCAAAUGUGCUAUUUGUGAUAAAAUAUUAGAACAUGGCUCUUCCGGCUUGGAUAAUGGAUUGGCUAAAUAUGGUCCUAUUUGGCUUUGUCGUCCACAUUUGCUAUUAGAUCCAACAACUAAAGAACAAAUGGUAGCCCAAAAAGGAUUUAAACAACGAGGUGCUAAGAAAAAAUAA